UCCCAUUUCCCUCAACACGCAAAACACGAGCUCCUCGAGUAUUUUAGAUCAAAAUAUGAACUUUCUACCAGUGAAAAUGUUAUACUUAAACCGAUUAAUUUUAUAUUUAGUGGAGGAAUAACGCACGCAUUCAGCAAAAAGUGACGAAAUAGUGGAUUUCCGUGUUUUCGGGGCUCGAUAGCUUCGGUCUGAUCAGAAGGCGGAUUGUUUGACAGAAAUGGGGAAAGUUUAGCUUCGUAACAGCAAAAACAAACACCAUGGCCUCAGUUCUGGAGGACCCUGCUCUGGAGAGGCACUUCAGAGGCCACAAAGACACAGUGACAUGUUUAGACUUCAGCCCAAAUGGCAAACAGCUCGCAUCUGGUUCGGUGGAUAAGAGUUUGAUCGUGUGGAACCUGCCGCAUAAAUCCAGGGCAUACAGAUUCUUGGGACACAAUGACAUCGUCACUGCUCUACAGUUCUGUCCUUUUGGGAGGUUGGUCGCCUCCUGCUCCAAAGACAGAACCGUGCGACUGUGGACACCCUGCAUGAAAGGGGAGUCGACAGUGUUCAAAGCUCACUCAGCCGCGGUGCGCAGUGUGUCUUUCUCCCAUGAUGCUUUGCGACUGGUCACGUCAUCAGACGACCGAUCCGUUAAAGUCUGGAGCGUUCCGAGGCGCUGCUUCCUGUUUUCCCUCAACCAGCACACCAACUGGGUCCGCUGUGCUCGAUUCUCUCCUGACGGGCGGCUGGUGGCUUCCUGUGGAGAUGAUCGUUCAGUUCGAGUCUGGGACACAAACUCCAAACUCUGCAUCAACGUCUUCAGCUGCUCUGGUCCCGUCUCCUCUGUGGACUUUAACUCCAGUGGGACGUGUCUGGCCUCCUCAGGCUCUGACAGCAUCAUAAGGAUCUGGGACCUGAGGACCAACAAACUGCUGCAGCACUACCAGGUGCACUCUGCAGAGGUCCACAGCGUCGCGUUCCACCCAUCAAACCACUUCCUGAUCAGUGCAUCAGCCGACAGGACGGUCAAGAUCAUGGAUCUGCUGGAGGGACGUCUCAUCUACACCCUCCAUGGACACAAGGAAGCCGUUCUCUCUGUGGCUUUUUCUAGAACCGGGGAGAUGUUUGCCUCAGGAGGAGCUGAUGCUCAGGUGCUGUUGUGGAGGACAAACUUUGACCGUGUGUGUUACCAGGAGAUGCUCCAGGGACACAUGAGAAGAACCACUCCAGACCCUCCUCCACACCUCAGCGACAUCCACCCACGGAGCCCCCACCUGCACAGGCCUGAGUCUGCUGAUAUACAGAUCUGUCAGUCGGUGGCAGACACACAGACCGCAGACCCACAUGUGGUCGAGAUGGGACAGACUUUCUCCUCAAAGUUCCUAAACGGGCGCUCGAAGUCUCGUGGCUCUGUGGUUAAAGCUAACGGACGGAGCAGAGGCGGAGCUAGCAGGAGGGCGGAGUCUGCGGCAGCCAAUCAGAGAGGAGCAGAACAGGAAGAGCAAGCGGAGACUCAUCGUUUGGACGUUCUGUCAGGGCAUCCGGCUGCUCUCACAUCUACACUCAAACACAUCGUCACACAGCUGGAUGUACUCACACAGACGGUGUCAGUUCUGGAGGAGCGUCUGACUCUGACUGAGGACAGACUGAAGGAGUGCCUCAUAAACCAGUCUCAUCUUUUGAGAAGCUUCCAGGAUUUACAGACCAGACCAGCUCCAGAGACCGGACCAGCUCCAGAGACCGGACCAGCUCCAGAGACCGGACCAGCUCCAGAGACCGGACCAGCUCCAGAGACCGGACCAGACACUAGACCACAUCCCAGGCCUAGACCACAUCCCAGGACUAGACCAGAUCCUGGGACCAGACCACAUCCAGAGAUCAGACUAGAUCCCAGGAUCAGUCCAUAUCUGGAGUCCAAAAUGGAUCCAAAAUUUAGACCAGAUUCAGGGACCAGACUUAAACCCAGAGAACAGCAGUGGGACAGUGAUGACAGCAGCACGUGACCAUUGACCUUUGACCCCACUGUGCAAAGCCUGGACCAAAGAGUGUGCUUUCCAUUUGCGACUUCUCCAUUUGGGAUGUUUUUAGUUCAUUUUAAAUCCACCUGAGCUUCUCCUGAUGAACCUGAAUAAGUAAAAAAUAUAUUUAAAAGUGCGAAUAAAUGUGACAUGAUC